UGCGUUUUUUUGCAAAGGCAACUAGCUGCCGCUAGCGUGAAAGCCAAGCAGUCUCUGUCUACGACCCUGUUAGACCCACUGACUGCAUGCAAAUGAAUCGUAUGCUAAUGUAUUGGGGGUUGGGUUUAAUCGGUGCGCUGUAGGGACUGUACUGCGAGCGGUGUGGUUGCCAGUGUGUUAGUCUUGCCGGGUAGACGGGACACGCGUGUGUAUUUCAGCGUGUUUGAGAUUGCGUAGCGGAGAGGCUGUGGCGUAAACCUGGAACGAGAAACCGCUGAUGACAGACCGAAAUAAAUACAAGGGGACUGUUAAACUGACGGAAUGUUAAAUAUCUAACCCGGCUACGUCAAAGCAUUCAUUAAAAAAGGACAAGAAACACGAAGCACCCCUGUGAUCAAUCGCUGGAAUGAAACGGUACAUCUAACGAAUCGCACCGGACUGGAGAAUCUGCGGGGAUACAGGACGGACACAAGAACGGGCAACAGCAACACCAGAUUUAGAUUUGGAAUUCUAAUUCGGCGUGGAUUUAAUUAGAAAAUAUAUUUAGCUCAAACAAGCACUCAACCACAUUUUGACACCAAACACAACAACGUCUUGGUACUUAGAACCAUGUGAAGACCCUUGAAUCAAGACCAGGAAAAGAUUUGUGGAGACUUGUAGAAAGUUUCUUUCUUUUUUCUCCCCCCCCCCCCCCCCCCCCCCUCCAUCAUGGAAACCACGAAGGAUUUCCACAGGAUUUUCCUUUGCCCCUCAGUACAGGGGUUCUGGUCACUGGUGGUCAGCCUUCUCCUCUUGAUUGUACUGUCCCCCAAAUAUUCUUGUAGCCAGCCCAUCAGCACCUUCCACACAAAGAACCGGGACUGGACAUUCAACCACUUGACCGUUCACCAGAAGACUGGGACGCUAUACAUUGGUGGUGUCAACUGGGUCUAUAAGCUGUCUGGCAACCUAACCCUUCUGGUGUCCCACAAUACAGGGCCAGAGGAUGACAACAAAUCGUGCUACCCUCCCCUGAUUGUCCAGCCCUGCACCGAACCCCUGACGCUCACCAACAAUGUCAACAAGCUGCUUCUCAUUGACUACUCCCAGAACCGCCUCCUAGCCUGUGGAAGCCUCUACCAGGGAGUCUGCAAACUCCUGCGCUUGGAUGACCUCUUCAUCCUGACGGAGCUCUCCCACAAGAAGGAGCACUACUUGUCAAGCGUCAACCAGACGGGCACCAUGUACGGAGUGAUUGUGCCCUCGCAUGGUGAGGACGGCACGCUCUUUAUCGGCACAGCAGUGGACGGCAAGCAGGACUACUUCCCAACCAUCUCCAGCCGCAAACUGCCCAAGGAUUACGAGUCCUCGGACAUGCUGGACUAUGAGCUGCACAGCGACUUCUUGUCCUCGCUCAUCAAGAUCCCGUCAGACACCCUGGCCCUGGUCUCCAACUUUGACAUCUUCUACAUCUACGGCUUUGCCAGUGGCAACUUUGUCUAUUUCCUCACGGUCCAGCCGGAGACCCCCGAGGGCGUCUCCUCUGGAGCCUCCGCCAGCGAUCUCUUCUACACCUCGCGCAUUGUGAGGCUCUGCAAGGACGACAACAAGUUCCACUCCUACGUGUCUCUGCCGGUGGGCUGCGUGAGAAACGGCGUGGAGUACCGCCUGCUGCAGGCCGCCUACCUCUCCAAGCCUGGCGAGCUCCUGGCUGCCUCCCUCAACAUCUCGGCUGAGGAUGAUGUUCUGUUCACAGUCUUCUCCAAAGGUCAGAAGCAGUACCACCAUCCCCCGGACGACUCUGCCCUCUGCGUCUUCUCCAUCAAGAACAUCAACGCCCGCAUCAAGGAGCGCCUGCAGUCAUGCUAUCAGGGGGAGGGACACCUGGAACUCAACUGGCUGCUGGGGAAGGCGGUCCAGUGCACCAAGGCGCCAGUGCCGAUCGAUGACAAUUUCUGUGGCUUGGAUAUCAACCAGCCACUGGGGGGCUCCCAGCUGGUGGAAGGAAUCCCCCUGCUCACGGAGUCCCGGGACCGCAUGACCGCGGUGGCCACGUACGUGUACAGCGGAUACUGUGUGGCCUUCGUGGGCACCAAGAGCGGCAAGCUCAAGAAGGUUAGAGUGGACGGCCCCCCGUACGGUGGGGUUCAGUACGAGACCAUCUCCGUCAUCAAGGAUGGGAGCCCCAUUCUCCGUGAUAUUGGCUUCUCCAUAGACCAGAACUACAUCUACGUGCUGUCAGAGAGACAGGUGUCCCGGGUUCCGAUCGAGUCGUGUGAGCAGUACACCGGGUGUGGGGAGUGCUUGAGCUCGGGGGACCCCCACUGCGGCUGGUGUGUGCUGCACAACAUGUGUUCUCGGAAGGACAGGUGCGAGCAAGCGGAGGAGCCGUUCCGAUUCGCCAGCACCAUCAGCCAGUGCGUGAGCGUCACCGUGCAGCCAGAAAGCAUCUCCGUCUCCGAGCACAGCGUGACGCUGACUGUGAUGGUGAGUGAUGUUCCAGAUCUCUCUCCCGGAGUGACCUGCGCAUUCGGGAACUUAACGGAGGUGCAGGGCCAAGUGUCUGGGAAUCAAAUCCUCUGUCUUUCACCAUCGCCGAAAGACGUGCCGCUGAUACCAACCGAACAAGACUGGGUUGGAGUUGAACUCCGGUUGAAUUCCAAGGAGACGGGAGAGAUGUUCGCCAGCACCGAGUUCAAAUUCUACAACUGCAGCGUCCACACACUGUGCCUGUCCUGUGUGAACAGUGCCUUCCACUGCCACUGGUGUAAAUACCGCAACCUGUGCACCCACGACCCCACCAGCUGCUCCUUCCAGGAGGGCAGAGUUAAUGCCUCGGAGGACUGCCCACAACUGGUGUCUUUAGAGCAGAUCCUGAUCCCGGUGGGCGAGGUGAAGCCCAUCACACUGAAGGCACGGAACCUGCCCCAGCCGCAGUCCGGCCAGCGGGGCUACGAGUGUGUGCUGGACAUACAGGGGACCAGUCACCGCGUCCCUGCACUGCGCUUCAACAGCUCCAGCGUGCAGUGCCAGAACAGCUCGUACACUUAUGAGGGGAUGGACAUCAGUGACCUGGCGGUGGAUUUCUCUGUGGUGUGGAAUGGAAAUUUCAUCAUUGACAAUCCAGAGACUAUUAAAGUGCACCUGUACAAGUGUGCAGCUCAGCGGGAGAGCUGUGGACUGUGCCUGAAAGCUGAGAGGAAGUUCGAGUGUGGCUGGUGCAGUGGGGAGGGACGGUGUACCUUGCGCCAACACUGCACACCACUUGCCAACCAGUGGCUGGACCUGUCCAGCAAGAACGUCAGGUGUACGAACCCACGGAUCACAGAGGUGACCCCGGUGGCCGGUCCUCCCGAAGGAGGGACACGUGUCACGAUCCACGGAGUCAACCUGGGCCUGGACUUCUCCGAGAUCAUCCACAACGUGCAGGUGGCCGGCGUGCGGUGCAGCCCCCUACAGGACGGAUACAUCAUUGCAGAACAGAUCGUGUGUGAGAUGGAGCCGGCCCGGCCACAGAUGCCACCCGGACCAGUUGAGUUUUGCAUUGGGGAGUGCAAACCAGAACUGAAGACCAAAUCCACGCAGCUCUAUACGUUCGUGGAACCAACUGUGGAAGCCUUGUCUCCCAGUCGGGGACCGGAGUCUGGGGGGACGAAGGUGACCAUAAUGGGGCAAAACCUGGGAGCUGGGAGCAGCGUGUCUGUCUUCUUCGGAAAUCAGACAUGCGAGUUCUACGGGCGCACUAUGACAGAGAUCGUCUGCUACUCCGCGCCCUCGCCCACUGGAGUUGGCCUGGCCCGGAUCAGAGUCAGUGUGGAUCGUGCCCAGGUGGAGGAAAGCCUGCAGUUCGAGUACAUCGAGGACCCCACCGUGCAGCGAAUCGAACCCGAGUGGAGCAUCGCCAGCGGCCACACUCCCCUGACUAUCACAGGGACUAACCUGGAUGUGAUUCAGGAGCCCCGGAUCAGAGUGAAAUACAACGGCCACGAGUCUGACAAUGUAUGUAAAGUGCUGAACGCGACCACCAUGUCAUGCCUGGCCCCGCCCCUCACCCUGGAGUACCGGCCCGGGUUGGAUGCAGUGGAGCGUGCGGACGAGUUCGGCUUCAUCUUCAACAACGUGCAGUCCCUGCUGCUCUACAACAACACCAACUUCAUCUACUACCCCAACCCCACCUUUGAGCCUCUCAGCACCUCGGGCAUCCUGGAGCAGAAACCGGGCUCCCCCAUCAUCCUCAAGGGACGGAACCUGCUGCCCCCGGCCUCUGGAGGCGCCAAGCUGAACUACACUGUGCUGAUCGGAGAGACGCCCUGCUCCGUCACCAUCUCGGAGACACAGCUGUUGUGCGAGCCUCCCAACCUCACCGGGCAGCACAAAGUCAUGGUCCACGUGGGUGGUCUCAGGUUCUCUCCCGGCUCGGUCCACGUGCUCUCGGACAGCCUGCUGACCCUCCCCGCCAUUGUGAGCAUCGCGGCCGGCGGCGGCCUGCUCCUCAUCAUCGUCAUCAUCGUCCUCAUCGCCUACAAGCGCAAGUCCCGCGAGAACGACCUCACACUGAAGCGGCUGCAGAUGCAGAUGGACAACCUGGAGUCCCGCGUGGCCUUGGAGUGCAAGGAAGCCUUUGCAGAGCUGCAGACAGACAUCAACGAGCUGACCAGUGACCUGGACCGAGCCGGCAUCCCGCACCUGGAGUAUCGCACCUACGCCAUGAGGGUUCUCUUCCCAGGCAUUGAAGACCACCCGGUGCUGCGCGAGCUCGAGGUCCCAGGUAACGGUCAGAUGAGUGUGGAGAAAGCCCUCAAGAUGUUCGGCCAGCUCAUCAACAACAAGGUCUUCCUGCUGACCUUCAUCCGCACCCUGGAGCUGCAGCGGAGCUUCUCCAUGCGCGACCGCGGCAACGUGGCGUCCCUCAUCAUGACCGCGCUGCAGGGCAAGCUGGAGUACGCCACGGACGUGCUCAAGCACCUGCUGAGCGACCUCAUCGACAAGAACCUGGAGAGCAAGAACCAUCCCAAGCUGCUGCUGCGCAGAACCGAGUCGGUGGCUGAGAAGAUGCUGACCAACUGGUUUGCCUUCCUGCUCCACAAAUUCCUGAAGGAGUGUGCCGGGGAGCCUCUCUUCAUGCUCUACUGUGCCAUCAAGCAACAGAUGGAGAAGGGACCCAUCGACGCCAUCACUGGAGAGGCACGCUACUCCCUGAGCGAGGACAAGCUCAUCCGCCAGCAGAUUGAGUACAAGACUCUGAUCCUGAACUGCGUGAAUCCCGACAACGAGAACAGCCCGGAGAUCCCCGUCAAGGUGCUGAACUGCGACACCAUCACACAGGUGAAAGAGAAGAUCCUGGACACAGUUUACAAGAACGUGCCGUAUUUCCAACGCCCGCGGGCUGUCGACAUGGACCUUGAGUGGCGUCAGGGGCGGAUGGCGCGAGUGGUCCUACAGGAUGAAGACAUCACCACCAAGAUUGAGAACGACUGGAAAAGGCUCAACACCCUAAUGCACUACCAGGUGUCAGACCGCUGUGUGGUGGCUCUGGUCCCCAAGCAGACCUCGUCCUACAAUAUCCCACCUUCCGCCAGCAUCUCCCGCACCUCCAUCAGCAGAUACGACUCCACAUUCCGUUACACGGGCAGUCCGGACAGCCUGCGCUCGCGAGCCCCCAUGAUCACCCCCGACCUGGAGAGCGGGGUCAAGGUGUGGCACCUCGUCAAGAACCACGAGCACGGAGACCAGAAGGAGGGCGACCGCGGCAGCAAGAUGGUGUCUGAGAUCUACCUGACCCGUCUGCUUGCCACCAAGGGUACGCUGCAGAAGUUUGUGGACGAUCUGUUUGAGACGCUGUUCAGCACGGUGCACAGAGGGAGCGCUCUCCCUCUGGCAAUCAAGUACAUGUUUGACUUCCUGGACGAGCAGGCAGAUAAACACGGGAUCCACGACACAGACGUGCGGCACACGUGGAAAAGCAACUGUUUGCCCCUGAGAUUCUGGGUGAACGUGAUCAAGAACCCGCAGUUCGUGUUUGACAUCCACAAGAGCAGCAUCACGGACGCCUGCCUGUCGGUCGUGGCCCAGACCUUCAUGGACUCGUGUUCCACGUCGGAGCACCGCCUGGGCAAGGACUCCCCGUCCAACAAGCUGCUGUACGCCAAGGAUAUCCCCAACUACAAGGGCUGGGUGGAGAGGUACUACGCAGACAUCGCGAGGCUCCCUGCAAUCAGUGACCAAGACAUGAACGCCUACCUGGCGGAGCAGGCGCGCCUGCACUCCACCGACUUCAACAUGCUGAGUGCACUCAACGAGAUCUACUCCUACGUCAGCAAAUACAGCGAGGAGAUAACCUCAGCGCUGGAGCAGGAUGAGCAAGCGCGCAGACAGCGGCUGGCAUACAAAGUGGAGCAGCUCAUCGGAGCCAUGUCUGUACAGAGCUGAGGACAGGAGGAGGUGUCUUCUGAACCCAAUCAAACUAGUAAAGUCAUGGGACACACUGCUGGAAGGGCCCAACACACACACACACACACACACAUCUGAAUAGUAACACUAGUCAUCAAUGUGGCUAUGUCAGUAUGGUGACUUCUUCCUGCAGUGUGAAUGGCUUCCUUUCUUCCAGUGAUGUAUCUCGUUCCAUUGACAAUUCCAGAGCCAGGGAUGGACCUUUUGAAACUGCAGAGUAAAAUGAAACCUAAAGCAGAAAAAUCUGGAAGGGACCAGGACUGUUUCACCAGCCUGCUUUGCAUGGGAAUCAAGAGCUCUGUAUCUUGAAGCUGGGGGUGUGCUUUUAGUUCCCAUUUAUUUUUAUAUAUUCAUAGGUUUUUAUUUUUAUUUUAUUUUUAAAUUCUGGAUUCAGCUUAUUAUUUUUGUAUUUUAUCUCCUCAGAGUGGGUUAACAUGCGUGACAAUUUUUUUUUUUUUUUAAACUAACUGAAAAAUGACUGGCACUGUACGUGGAUUGCUCUUAGAUGUGUCUUUUGAGCUGCUGGCACAAAUUUGCACUUAAAAACUUCCCUUACCCAAGAAAAAAAUAUAAAUAAAUAAAACAACAACAUCCAAGAGCUGAGAUUGGAUGAAAUCCGAAGACUUGCCUUCGGGACGGAUGGAUGUGCUGAGUUGAGAGUCUUAAAAGACGUGUGUUCAAAGUCCCCCAAAGGCUUUCGAGCGCAAACCUCAUGUGAUGGAAGGAAAACGGACAAGUGUUGCAUAGCAUGGGAAUGCAUCAGCAAGGACCCUGGGGCUACAAACUGCCUCUUUAAAGACUUGCUACUAGAAGAAAUGUAAUUACAAGUUUUGUUUUUUGUUCUCAGUUUGCAUUUGUGUAUAAAUCCAGUAUGUGUAUAUAAAACUCUUCCACAAGGAUUCUGAAGGAGAGUCAUAACAGUCUUAGUUCAGUGGAUAUGAAUGGCUAUCGUUGCAACCUUUAUGGCCCAUCACCAAAGCCUGUUUCAACAAGCCUCUUAAAGCUUGUCUUUUCAAUUCCCUCCACUUGGCCAAAAUACUCUCCUUGCUGUACUUGAGCACAAUGAACUCAAAUACAGCACAGUGUAGAUCUGUUCUGAGAUUGUGUACACCGCUUACCUCCUCCUGGUGAAUGUCAACACUUGUGAGCUGUCAAAGCGUUCCAAAUCCGCUCUGCUUACCUUGAAAUGCCAGGAUCUCUGCUAACUUCGGACAGGGCAUGUUUGGUUUCACUCAAUCUGACCAAGAAGGGAUUGACAAAGAGGAAUCAUUUUGAAACCCUGUUUACAUUGAAGUUUGCAGAUGAGUUAGACCAGCGUGUAUAUGUGUAUCACAGCCAUGUGAGGAUCACAUCAAUCCUCACAGCCACCUAGACCUGAGGCUGUAGGGCUGGUACAAAGCAUGCAAACAAAUGCUGCUGACAUGAAGUAUUCAGCUACAGUUUAAAUUAAGAGCCAGGGAAGGAAGUGAACAAGCAGAAUACAGAAUGUGCCAAUAAGCAACAGAUGAGUAUUGUGUAGCAGCGCUCUUGUAUACCGAUUUUGUACGGUUUCAUAUACAGUAGAAUAGUCGGAAAAUCUUAACCCUUACCCCAAACUCAGCAUGGAGAACCCCUUACCGUGCAAUAGUUUAGUCAGCAGGAGAGCGUUGCCUUCUGCUCCGUUUGUGCCAAAGGGCCACGUUCACAAAGCAUUAGCAAGGGUGGGAAAUGCAGCUCUGUGUUUACAGCAAACGCUUUAUGAACAUUGGACACGUUUCAAAUCGCAAAGGGACAUUAUAGGGAAGCGGGAAUGUGAACAGACAAGAAAGGGCGGAGCUUGGCACCUGUCUUGCCAGGGUGUGGCUGACUGUAAAUCCACCAGUAAGGAAUUGAAGUACAGGAGUGACAUUUGUAACCGUGCACGUUAAGGCAAGGGUUUCCCAAACCGAGGGUAAUGUUACACGUGCCAGGGGAGGAGCCAUUUAAUUACAUGAGCGACGCAUUAGAGUGUUGCAUUACAACAAACACUACUUUGACGUCACCUCUAGCAUAGACAUAUAUAGUCUUCAUACAGUUACCAUUGUACAUCAAAAUGGGAGUGAUUGUAACAAUCAAUACCCCUAAUUACAGUUUGGGAACCACCCCUGUGUUCAGAGAGGCAGUCAAUGAGAAAUCUGAAAGGAUAAAAAAAAAAUUAGCAAGCUGUACCUUUUAUGCAGUGUUCAAAAAAGGCAUUCACAUGCACAUUGUUCUUAAGUCCCCAAAGAUCCAAAGAUCUCUUGCGACAGACUUAAUAUUUCAUUAAGCAUGUCAGAUGGCUCUGUUAAUUCCUGCUGUAUUAUUCAUAAUGUGUUGCACAGAGGCAACAGGUAAUUAGAAGUGCUAGCAUGCUGCAGCCCGGUCAGGGGAAUUGAGUUUGCCACAGUGUUCAUUCCUCGCAGUGCAGUGUUUGCAUCAAAAGAUACUUGAAAUAAGCAGGUUUUAAGUUAUUUAGUGAAGCGUAUUUAAUAAUGACAGCGUUAGACUAGAAGAAUGGUAAGGAAAAGGAGGCAGUUUCACUUCUCUGCAAGCCAAGGUCAGUCCUGUCUGGUGCACCAGCUGAGUUUAAAUCCCACUUGGAGAGGCGUGAUUUCUAUGUUACGAGCGAGAUGAGCAACAGUAAAAAAAAAAAUAAAAAUAAGAGAAAUCUUCUUCAGGACUGUGGGACUCGCUGGUUGAUAAGGUCCACUUCUUAUUCAUUCAAAAUAAGUAGAUAUGGAUUUGUACCUGCAGGCACAGCACUCCCCAGCUUGUCACACUUGUUUUGAAGAGUGUUUGAAAAAGCCCUUUAGCUUUGGUUUCCUGCUAUUGCUUUGAUGCACGUCUUUGAUCUCGGAAUCAUGUGCGCACCAUGUGAUCAAGAGAUGUGGACUUCAAAAGGUCCCGAGACAUAGGCAGCGGUGCUUGACAUCUGAUUAGUCUGUACAGCAGCUGGAGAGCUCCAGUUUCAAUCCUCUCUCAUCUUAAACCAAGCCCCUGGUUUUGAAAAGCACAUAGAAAAAUCACCAGAUUGGUCGGGGACAAUGCUCUUGGAUUUCCUCCAGGCUAAGGACCCAGAAACCUUGAAGUCUUUAUCCUCUCACAUCAGGGGUAAGCAGCUUGGGUAUAAAACAGCAGUCACCUGUCGUAAUGAGCGGCAGUGUUCUGACUGCAGUGCAGGACCUGCUGUUUGCCACACUUUCUUGGUAUUGCCAGCUUGUCAUUGUAAAUGAGAAUGUGUACUCAGUUGACUCAUCUGGAUAAAUAAAAGGCUUUGAUUGAUUGAAUUCAGUAAAACUCAAAAGUAAAUUUAAUACCUGGUCCAUAAUAACCUUGCGGUACCUGGAGCCUGUCGUGGCGGGCCUGUGUUACUGUAAUUUUUGAGGUACUCUACUGUACUACACAUUUCCACCAGAUUUUGAUGCCUAGUAACUUAGUGAACUAAAAUAAUUAUUAUUGUAUUGCUGAUGGACCCAAAAACAUCCCUAACUCUUCAGGUUCUGUUCAUCGACUGUUACUGGAGCGCUCAUAGGCUUAAACAGAUGGAUUGUUGAUGCCAGCUAUCUACCUGUUUUUUUUCAAACUUCUAUACUAACUUUACAACGAAUUCUGGUGACUGGUUUCUUUGUUUUUUGCUGUAACUGAGCCAGGCAGGUUCUUAGAGCAAACUGCAGCUGAUGUUUUAUAAUGCAGUUAUAAUCUGAAGGUCUGCACCCAGGGGUGAGGGGGGUAGUGCUAAGCAGUAGCUUGUGACUUCGUCACUGUUUUACACAGUUGCUGCUUGUACCUCUAUCAUACUGAUAAGAUCAUUCGGGCCAAACUGACCAUUAUUGAGUGACCAAAUCCUAUUAAGUCAUCCAGCAGAUUUAUUUUUGGGCUUGCAUUAUGAAAUCAGUGAGUUCAGUGACUGAUCACUGAGUUUCUGGUAAAGGGGUUUGUGUAUUGGGGGUGGGGGGGGUGCAUGUGGAGCAUGCAAGUCAGCAAUUUAAAAUAUUGUUUGGUCUAGGUUUUUUUUUAUUUAAGACAUAGCAGAUAGUGUAAUAAAUCAUUAACCGCAGCUGUAGCCAGAGAGAGAGAGAAUCUGUGCAGUGUGUUUUGUAGAUAGAGCCCUACUGUACGCAGGCUUUGUGUAUUCCAGCCGCCUGCCUUUGUGGAGUUGAUACGCUGUCUGAGGCAAACUUGACCCCUGACCUUUAAACCCUAAAACUUUAAAGGGAAUUCAUCUUCAUUUAACGAAAUAACGCACUUCUGUCAAAUCGAAGUUAACAUGACUAUACACUGUGGCAGGAUGACACAAGACGAAACAGCAAAAAAAAAAAAACACUUAAAUUAAGUCUAGAAGGGAAUUGAAUUUAGAGUGGACAUUUCAGGCUUUUCCCACUGAAGGGGAAUAUAUAUUGGUGUCGGACCUGCUUGGUCAUCUCCACUAAAAUCAUUCUGCACUAAAAGGACCAACACAAUAAGCCUGAAUGCGCUGCGGUCCUACAGAGCAGAUUCGAUUAGAAAAGUUUGACAUAAUCAAAAAUCUGUGUGUUUUAUGCACUUUCAGAAUGUUAUUGGUUGAAGUCAGCAGCCCAGUUUUGUGUCAUGUUGCUGCAGAACGGCAUUAAAAAAAAUACACAAGCUUAGAGCUUAUCACUUGCAAGCCCAAGCCAUGUGACUCUUGCCUUUUCUCCCUGUCCUACCUGUUCAUUGGUUCAUUUGUAGACACUGGAGUUCUGUAUUCUAGCAAAUAAAAUAAUAUACAAUGGCUGUCUGUUAUUAUUGUUGUUUUAUAAAAGGUGUUGUGAAAAUUGUAAGAAAGUCAAAAGUAUUUAAAAAAAGAAAAAAUCAGUUCUGAAAAAAGUUGUCUUUGUUUUGUUUUUUGUUAAUGAUAAUAUAUGACGGUGUACCUGUUGUAAAUAUGAAGCACUGCUAUUUUGCAAGCCAAGGAUUCACUUUGUACUGUUGUUAUAUAUAAUUAAACUUUACUGGUUAAAAAUGUG